GAACGAUGACUUCUGUGGAAACGGAGGCGGCGCUGGCCGAAUUGGCGGCGCUGCGUGAAGAAACAGACGCUAAGCUGGACGAUGCUGCACGGCAAAUCUACAGGCUCAACGAGGAGAACGAUCUCCUGGCAGAAGCGAACGAACUCCUCCGCGAAGAAAACAAUGCGUUGAAGGCCCAGCUCGCCGCAGCACUUGCCACUGCCGUGGACUCAGCCGCCGUCGACGUGGCGGUAGCCGGUCUUUCCCUCAAGGUAGAUGCGGUGGACGAAGCCUUGUUGACCCCAGGAAACGAGGCAGUCCUUCCAGUGCGCGAAGCGUCCGUGGUGGACCAAGCGCAUGUGAUGAACAUUUUGUCGGUCAGUGGCCACUUUCACGACUCGUCGCUCGUGGCAUCCGGUGGUGCCGACAAGUACGUAAAAGUGCACAAUUGGCAGACCAAGACAGUCGUAGAUUCUUACGACGCCGGUGCCCCCGUCCUCGCUCUUUCGUUCCAUCCGUCCAAGACGCAUGCGAACUACCUCAUGGCGAGUGGCAUGGACGGGCGGCACCACGUGCUUCGGUUGGACCACGACCACCUGCAUAUUGUCCAAGUGUUCCACGACCACACGAGGCAAGGCAACAUCCGCCACGCAUGGCUCUCGUCCGGCGACGCCUUGGGGUUCGUGACCGGGGCAAGCGACAAAGUCGCCCAUGUGUAUCAUCAAGUGCCUGAGUCUUCCGGCAACAUGGUGCAAUUUAGCAUUGCCAAGAGCUAUUACUUCAACGGAACGGUCGAGGCCUUGACUGUGGUGCCGCCACGCGAUGGCUCGAACGAACUCGUCGUCGCGGGCAUUCGCGACGACUGCUACGUGCACUACAUCGACAUGGUGACGCUGGAGAAGACGAGGCUCAACAUGAACACGGAUGACAUCGAGCACGUAUCGUACACGAUCAUGGACUUGCAAAGCUCGCCGAGCGGGGCGUAUCUGCUCGUCGCGACCGAUGCCAACCGUCAUUUUGUCGUCAAGGUGCGAUCGAACGUCGUUUUACGCAACUUUUAUGGCCACAAGGCCGGGCCGUACAGCCAGCCACGUGUGGCGUGGCACGCGUCGGAGCAAUUCGUGGUGUCCAACACGGAGGGCGAAGGCGGCCUUGUCAUGUGGAGCGUCGCGUCCGAGAAGGUCGUGCAGCGCGUCAAGGCGCACGAAAAGUUGCUGCGAGAUUUGUGGUAUGCCCAGGUCGACGGCGUUGACGUCCUGGUCACGGGGUCGUACGAUAAGGCACUCAAGCUGUGGCAGUCCGAGCGCCACGUGUAAGACAAGGAAUUUUGAACAUGCAGUCCACACACCUCA